AUGCCACGCUCCCGCGGGGACAAGGGGACCCCCAAGGACAACAGGGACACGGAGCCCCCGCAGAAGGGGAAAGGGGGGCACGAGGAGGGGGAGAAAGCCCCCAAAGCCCCCGAGGACGCCGGCGCCCCGGCCCCCAAGAGCUCCGGCUCCGAGUCCCGGCACGGCGGGCACGGGCAGAAGGGCGGGAAGAAGGGGCCCGUGGACCCCCACGCUGCCGCCAUCAAGACCUACUCCCCCUUCCUCAACACCGUCUUCGGCAAGGAGCGGGAGCUGUCACCGGAGGAGCUGGAUGAGCUGCUGGACGCCUUCAAGGAGUUUGACACGGACCAGGAUGGCUACAUCAGCUACAAGGACCUGGGCGCCUGCAUGCGCACGCUGGGCUACAUGCCCACCGAGAUGGAGCUCAUCGAGAUCUCCCAGCACAUCAAGAUGAGGAUGGGCGGCCGCGUGGACUUCGAGGACUUUGUGCAGAUGAUGGGCCCAAAGCUGCGGGAGGAGACGGCGCACAUGGUGGGCGUGAGGGAGCUCAAGAUCGCCUUCCGCGAGUUCGACAUGAACGGGGACGGGGAGAUCAGCACGGCCGAGAUGCGCGAGGCCAUCGCGGCGCUGCUCGGGGAGCAGCUGAAGGCGCAGGAGGUGGACGAGAUCCUGCAGGACGUGGAUCUCAACGGGGACGGCCAUGUGGACUUCGACGAGUUCGUGAUGAUGCUGUCGUCCCGGUAACGGAGACACCGGGCAGGAGGGGACCCCCGGAUGGCCCCCCAGCCCCUCUCAGCCCCUCCC